AGGUAUUCAGAUCAAACAACUUGAGACAGGAUUGAUCUUUGAUAAUAUUCGAUUGCUAUUUGGAGUUAUUCAAAAUCAUUAUAGUAUAUUGUAAGUAUGUAACAAUCUUUAUAACAAUCUGUCCUUGUCUGAUCAGCUGAAAAGAUGUCCGGAGCAAAUAUCUGUGAUACUGAGAAAUACAAGAGUGCCUCUGGACUUUUUGAAACAUGCAGCAAUUCAUGUGGCACUAAAAAUGAAAACUGCAAGACAUUUUGUAAAGGUUGCUAUGAAUACCUCUACGCCAAGGCGGACACUGAAACAACUGCUCUACCUGCUUUUACAUCCCCAUCUACAGCAGUAACCAACCCAACUACAGCAGUCGACACAACUACUGCACUAUUUCCUCCAUGUGAUGAAACCACACUUACAGUGAUGAAAUCAGUUCUGAUUCCUAUAAUUACUAUAAUGACCAUUGCUUUCGUUGUCAUCUUCCUGCUGAUACUAGCUAGCCGGAAAUACAAUGAGCGCGUUCAGAACUUUUGGAAGACGUUGUUAGGUAUUGAACAUGAUGCAAGAGGACCGAAUCCUGAAGAGAUGCGUCGUUUGACUAAUGAAAACCAAGAACAGGAUAGUCAAGGGCCUGAAGGGCAGGGCACACAUUCAGAUUCCCAACAGCCACCUACUACACAGAGUGGGAGCUCGGAGAGACGAGCAGUGCCUGGUUGCCCACAACAAAACCCUGGAGAUCCAUCAGCAGACGAACUCGGAGAAGGGGACCCGUAUCCGGGUAAUAUAGAGGUGCCACCCACACCAUCAACUGAUGCCCAACCAUCAACUACUCCACAGAGUGGAACCUUGGAGAGAGGAGAAGUGCACGAAUAUGGUUAGAAGACUGAAAUCAAGGCUCCACACGGUGGUGGUGGUAUUUGUGAGGGCGGAGCAGCUCCACGACACCGACCGAAAUUUGACUAGACCUUGCGAAGAAGCAGGUGCUUCCUUUUGGAAAGACUGCACAGAUAGUUAUAUCGCUCAAAUAUAUACAUGAAAUAGUGGUCCUAUAGAACAGGGCCCAUAUUCAUAAAACCCUGCUAAACUAGCAGCCAACUAGGCCAUAGCAGACUGCCAAAUGCCUAGUUGGCUGCUCCAUAGUAUGCUGCUAUUUUCCUAUUCAUAAAACCCUGCUAAGAACAUUGCCAGGGAGUUGUCAACUGAGAUUUUGUUAGUUGUUAGCUAGGCAUUUGGCCUUUGUCCCAAACCACAUACCACAAGGAGCGUUAGUUUCACUUUAAAUAGGGGAUGGCAUGUAAGCAUUUUAUGUGUGCCUUUCGACUUAAUAUCAACAUCUAAAAUAAUUUGUGACUCCGCAUUACAUGGACCGAUUUUGAUUCCGAUUGCGGCAUAUGGUUGGGAUUGUCUAUUAUUUCCCUAUUGGCUUUUUUAAUGUUGCAGGGUUUGAUAGUUUGAUUUUGAGAUUUAAAAUGGACCCAAAAUAAAAAAGAUAUACCCGGUUGAUUAAAUUUUGUUUUGUCCACGUUUUUGAGUUUUGCUGGAAACUAGAGUUAGGCCUUUUUCUAAUACAUGUACUUUCAGUGAAAAGAAAUUCUCAUUUAAUGAAUUCUUAAUAAAAUUUGAUGGAUGUUUACCACUAUUGAACAAUUAAUCAACACCCUCUGCUACAUGCAUGACUUCCAAGCAUGGUACUGUUUCGAUACAUAUGUAUAUGUGCAUUGGGUCUCUAAUCUACAUACAUGCGUACAAAGAAAUCUUAAAUGAAUAAAAACUAAUCUCCAUGUACAGUAGAACCUCCCUUAGCGGACACCUCUCUAUUAAGGACAGCCUCUCUAUUAAGGACACUAGUUUUGGUCAAAAAUUGGUUGUUUCAAUUCAAUUUGACCUCUCUAAUCAGGACACCUCUCUAUUGCGGACAGCACUAGUCAGUCCCGAGGGUGUCCUUAAUAGAGGGGUUCUACUGCACAUGAAGUUCUGUCAAAACUGAAUAUCUUGGCACCACCGGUUCUACUGUAUAUGUACAAAUAAAAGACUGGUAUAUGAAGCUGUAAACAUUUUCAGGUGAAAUAAACAAUGAUUU